CCGUUGUGAUUCUUCACUGGUUUUACGUUAUCUCUUAAAACAUUUUUUUUUUUGGUAACAUUUUCUCGAACAAAACAUGGCAAACGCAGAGAGGACAAGUUCAGGUUCCGACAUAGAUGAGAAGAAAAGAAAACGCAAAUUAUCUAACCGCGAAUCAGCUAGGAGGUCGCGUUUGAAGAAACAGAAGUUAAUGGAAGACACGAUUCAUGAGAUCUCGAGUCUUGAACGACGAAUCAAAGAGAACAGCGAGAGAUGUCGGGUUGUGAAACAGAGGCUUGACUCGGUCGAAUCGGAGAACGCGGUUCUUAAGUCGGAGAAGAUUUGGCUUUCGAGUUACGUUAGCGAUUUGGAGAAUAUGAUUGCUACGACGAGUUUAACGCUGACGCAUAAUGAUGGUGGUGGUGGCGAUUGCGGUGAUGAUCAGAACGCAAACGCGGAAAUAGCGGUUGGAGAUUGUAGACGUAGACCGUGGAAAUCGAGUUGUGAUUCUCUACAACCAAUCGCGUCCUUUAAGACAUGAGAUUUGUGCAUUAGUGUGUUGUUUUUACUGUCGUAAUUUUUCUAGUUUGUAAUCUUUUAUAUUGAAUUGUUUCUUCUCACUACAUUCUCUGUUACAAUUGCUUUU